CUCUUGUUCCUUUAGAUAGGUCAUACCAAUAAUAAUUUGGAAUUUUUACUCGUUCAAGAGAAUACGACUUUGGUAUUGUCGAAAUUUCGAAAUUCGAACCCGUUUUUCUUCGAGGCUUUUACGAAUGGUGUUCGUGUAGUUUGUCGUCAAGAAGUAUUCCUAAAUAUUCUCGAACAAGGUGAAAAUAAUUCCUCGCUUGAGACACCGUCGGGUAAGAAAAUUGAGCCCACAAUCACACCGAUCCCAGAAGAGCCGGGAAAAUACGAAAUGGCUUACGUGCCCGAGGAGACUGGUAACCACAAACUAAACGUAAAAUAUGGCAAAGAUCACGUCAAGGAUAGUCCUUUCCGGGUUAAAGUUGCCCCAACUGGUGACGCAAGUAAGGCGAAGGUUAGCGGUGAUGGUCUGAAGAAACCUCCUGUUGGUCAAUUGGUUGAUAUAAUUUUUGAUACAACUGAAGCAGGAAAAGGUAAACCUCGAUGCACCAUCAAAUCACCUUCCGGAAAAGAUGUUCCCGUCAAUAUGAUCGACAAUGGCGAUGGAACAUACACUGGUCAGUGGACACCAACGGAGGAAGGUGUGCACGAUGUUGAUGUGACGUUUGGUGGCGAACCCGUGAGAGGAUCACCGUUUAAGGUCGAAGCUGUAAGACAGCCUAUAAUGGAAGACAUCCAAGCUGUAAGUGCUAAUGAUGUCGAAUCGGCUUUACCAUCUGAGGAAGGUCCCGACAGGGUUAUUGCGUUUGGUAAAGGACUGGAGAAAGGUAUUGUUCAAGAACCGUGUGAAUUUACCGUUAUCACAAAGGAUGCCGGACCAGGUGGUUUAUCACUCGCAGUUGAAGGACCCAGCAAGGCUGAGAUACAUUGUGUGGAUAAUGGAGAUGGAUCCUGUUCUGUUUCAUAUUUACCUGAAAAGCCAGGCGAAUACAACGUUUUCAUCAAGUUUGCUGACAAGCAUAUUCCCGGAAGUCCAUUUAUUGCCGACAUCUAUCCGAAAGGAACCGAUCUUCGCGAUUUCAAACGAGAUCGUCCCGUCGUCGGAAAACCGUGCGAUGUGAAACUUGACAUGCCAGAUGUUGAUGUCGAGCGAGAUUUUGAUGAUCUCACAGGGACGUUUAAAAGACCAGGCAGCGAUAGAGAGGAGCCAGUUGAGUUGACCAAAAACCCUGAUGGUACCGUUGGUGUCACAUUUACACCAUACGAACCAGGUGAACAUCUGAUUAGCAUAAAGAAACGUGGCAAACACGUGCAGAAUAGUCCGUUCAGCGUGCUGGUUCAAGCACCUCGUCUGGGCGAUCUGUUUUCCUCAGGUCAUCCUGCGGAUGUUGACCUCAGUGAAAUCAAGGAUUUGAAUCCUGAAGACUUUGAUAAACUUACCGCAACUCAUCGCAGACCCAAAAGCAAAGUCGAAGAGAAUGUUCGUCUGAUAAAGUAUCACGACGAUGCCAUUGGCGUGCCGUUCGUGCCACGUGAGCCAGGAGAACACUUCCUGACUGUGAAGAAAAAUGGUCGUCCUAUCCCUGGAAGUCCAUUCUCGAUCCUAGUUGAAGCCGAGGAACCCGUCAAUGCAGUUGGUGCACCCGUUGAUGCAGUCCUUGAUCUACCCGAUUUAAAUCUACCUGAUGAUUUUAAAAGACUUAAAGGCACUCUAAAAAGACCAUCUUCAAAUGAAGAAGAACCUUUGAAUCUCGUCCUCAACUCUGACAACACUCUUUCGGUCUCCUUCAUUCCUCAUGAAACUGGCAAACAUUUGGUUGGCGUGAAAAAGUUCAACCGUCACGUGAACGGAAGUCCGAUACCAGUCAUGGUGACAUUACCGGAACCUGUGAACCGUGUCGAAGUACCUUGCGGUGUCGGACUGGAAAACAUUCCUUGGGAACUUCCGAACUUAGGCAGCUACAUGUUCGGAAAGACAAGAAACCGUUGCCCGAGCCCGUACAUUGUGGACGUGUCCGAUAAAGAUGAUGUUGAGGAAGUUUAUCCAGUAGGACGAACUUGCGAACUCGGUCUCGACAUCCCGGAGUUUCCCUCGGAAGAUUUCAACAAACUUGAGGCGACUCUCCAAAGACCGAACAGCGAUAAGCAAGAGCCUUUGAAUGUUGAGCUGUACCCUGAUAAUACUUUAGGUAUCUCGUUCGUACCCUUGGAGCCUGGUGAGCACCUUGUCCGUGUGAAAAAGUCCGGGGAAGAAGUUCCCGGUAGUCCUUUUGCCAUUAUGGUGGAAGCUGCUGAAGCGCCAAACGCAGUUGGUAAACCUUGUGACAGCAAAUUAGAUAUUCCUGAGCUGAAAAUCCCGGAUGAUCUACCAAAAGUAAAGUCGACAUUAAAGAGGCCUGGAUCCAAUGUUGAAGAACCAAUCAAAUUGAAGGUCUUAUCGGACAACACUAUCAGUGCUUCUUUCGUUCCUAAAUCUCCCGGAGAGCAUCUGAUCUCAGUCAAGAAAGAUAACCGCCACCUGACCGGAAGUCCUUUCCCAAUUAUGGUUACUGCUGAUGAGCCCG